GGGGCCAAUCAGCACAUUGCUUUCCUGAACACGAUGUCCGUGCCUGCACGAGGCGCUGCGGCAGUGACGCUGCGACCAGCGCUCCAAGCUCUGAAGCAGCGCGCUGAGAUUGCGCUAGAGAAGCGGUCGGGUGACGUCGUCGUCUUUAGCAAGAACCUCGACGACAGUAACGUCGGCGUCACCGACGUCAGCUUCGAGCACCGCAAGGACGAAAAACAAGUGAGCUUAUAUUUUACGUCCAAGCCCGAGGGACUUUUGGCCUACCGCCACGCUGCGGCCAAGCUGUCGCACAUCGAAGGCGUCGACCUGCAGUACACGCCCCAGUUUGGGCAGUCGCGCAUCUCAUUUCCGUGGCACACGUUUUGGGCGCUCGCCGAGACAGAGCAGCUUGGACAGCUCUCGCCACGCGGGGAGCCACUGUUGCAACUCACACCCCGGGACCUUCACGAUGCCAUGGAUCCGAGCCAAGACGCAACGGGGACGGGCGAAACCUGGACACAACACUUUGUCGACAUUGAAGGCGUCCACAAUCCCACGGAUGCAUAGUAGCAGAGCAGCCGUGCCACGAGAGACCAAGGAGUAGAUUAUGCAAUGUCAUCGCCCAAACUCGGCUGCUUCAACGACUUGGCUCUGCGUCGCGGCUAUAAACAUGGCGCGUCUCGUACCCGUCGACUCGACACAUCGAGGCGAAGCUGUAGAAGCAAUAGCAGCUGCC